UCUUGACGCUGUUUCCGUGAAUAAUCGUAGUGGUGGUCGUGGUGAUUUUUGUAGUGAGGGGCUUUUACUACUGCGACAAGCUGACGCCUCUCGUACUUCUCCCACGCUGCCACCAUCAUCACACGCAAGCCACGAUACGAGAGCCGCUCAACCACCUUUGACGACCAUGAUAAUAUGAGCUACGAUUUAAUGAUACACGCCUUUCUACUCUGAUUUGUUUUGCUCUUGCUUCGAUUUGUCUAUGGCCACGCAGUGACUUGAAGCUUUGUGCUAGGUUCAAUCAAGGAUCGACCAUGGAGGGACCACAGCGACGGGAUAUCAAUGAGCUGUUGACAAAUGGUUACUUCAAGACAUCAAGGGCAAAGAGUCCCGCUGGCUUGACUCCAACAUCUACCAAUGGCCCCUCCUUCCUUCGAUCACACGAACACGACACAUCUCGAACCCGAAGUCGAAGUCGAGGACCUCGAGGACCACCACCCCCUCGCCCUAUCGUAGAAGAUGAGCUUGUUUCCCUGGCUAGAGAAUCUUCUGCCUCUCCCAUACCAUCCUACGAUCCCCCACUGCGGGGUAAGGUAGAUCAGAAUCCAAUCCUGCUCGAGGCAGAAGUUACGGCAGCAGAGGCAGCAAGGCUACAAGACAUACCACCACUGAAAGAGAAGGAUGAUAGCGGAGAGAGACGAUUCGUUUUGAUACCCAAGUCCGACACUUAUGAACCAAAUGAUAAGGACGAGAUAGUCCAACGAAAAGAGGAGAUUAGGAAUAGUAAGGCAGCGAAGCAUGAGCCUCUACGGCAAGCACGACACGAACCACUUCGUCGAGAGUCACCUCGAAGAGAAGAGAAGAAAGAUAAACGAGAGGAUCCACGAAGAGAAGAGAGAGAUACACGGCCAGUAAUACACCAAGAUACCCGUAGAAGAGAAGAGCCUCGAAAGAAGGUCGAACGAACAGAGUCUGCCCGUCCCAUUUUGCAUCAAGAACCACAGAGAAAAGAAGAGAGGAGAGACUCAGCCCGACCACCAAUUCAGAGACAGAGAAGUAGGCAAGAUUUACCAGCUCUCGAGACCAAAGUUCCUAGAGAGAUACCUCCACAAUUUCGAAGAAGCGCUUCUGCCUUUGCAGCUUUGCCUAAGGAUAAGGACGAGACUCCCAAGGCCUCGACCCCGCGUGGAUCGGCUACCGAGUACUUUCUCUCACCGGAGGUUGUCAGAGGAGCCAAGGAGACACCAUCUUCCUCUGCUCCACGACAACAAGUACAUGAUCUUCUAUGGGGCAAGACUGGUACACCAGUACAGGAGAAACGAAACAGUGGUAGUCUUUCUCGUCCUGGCACUCCAAACUCGGAGAAGAGACACAGUGGUAACUUCGAUUCAACUCGCCCAAACGAGAAAUUGACAAGACAUCAGCAAUUAUCUGAGGAGCAUGGAACUAAGUCUGACAGACGUGCACCUUCAGAUCAUUCUGGUCGUUCAUCAAGGUCAUCGACUCAUCGAAAUUAUUACAGUAGCAGCGAGGAUGAUAUUGCUCCCGAGAGUGAUGUUGAGAAGCAUCGGAAGAAGCAUCAUCGACAUCACCAUGAAGAGCAUUCACAUCUUAGAUCUCCUUCAAGGACAAAUAGUAGACCUCUCGACCUCAGGCCGUCGUCCAAAAGGAACUCUCCCUUGCCUUCACCAAAAGUCUCGCCCAGCCAAAUCCCUCGAGGAGACGAGUUUGAAAGAAGAGAAACAUUUCCGCGAGAUAGGAGACCAAGCUCAAGGCCUGUUUCACCACAUUCUGCAGAUAGGGAGACUCCAAGACCAGACCGCUUGAAUCCAUUUGAUGCUGCAGUGCGACCGACGUCACGUCAAUCAAAUGCUCCGUCAAAUACAGUACCAUUGCCUGCUGCUCAUCAUGCGUCUUUACCUAUUCCAAUUCCAUCACGCAUUGAUCUGUCCACAUCAGAUUCGAGGAAGUCCGUUCCACAAUAUGACGAGAAUAAACCUCAUGGCCCACGACCACAGCCGUCAUCUUGGCAACCUCCUCCUUUUUCACCACCUUCACAGAAUCUGGACAAGCCAGUUGGAUCUUACCGUCGAUACUCCGAGGAAAUCGAGAGAGGGGCCAUUGCACCAUUGCCUUCAUGCCCGAGAACACAAUUUAGUCGUGGCCGCAAUGACUGGUUGACCCUUCCGCAAUGUCCUUCAUUUGAUAUAUGCCCCUCUUGCUUCAAUUCCACCAUUGCUCCAACCGAGUACAGACAUCUUUUCGUGCCUGCACCUCGUCGUUCACCUAAUACGGAGGUUCUAUGCGACUUCGGUAGCUCACCUUGGUAUCGGAUAGCGUGGCUCUUGACCGUGAAGGAGAGAAGGAGGGACCUGCAACUUUUCUACGGUCUGGCCCACGUUGCAAAUACCAUUCAACCAUGCUUAGGGAAGCACGAAGCAUAUAGAGCUUGGCAUUCUGUGGUUGAUCCAAAGACUGGUGGACUUAUUCGUGGCUUUGAUGUCUGUUACAGCUGUGUCAAGAGUGUGGAAACCCUGUUGCCCGCCAUUCGCGGCGUUUUUAUGAUGACCGAAAACCACAACUCGUCUGGUGGCCCUCGAGUAUGCGAUCUCAGAUUCGACAGCAAGCGGUUCGUUCAAUAUUUUGAUGCCUUGGAGACUGCCGCAGAUCGGGCUGGUUACCACAAUGGUCCUCCUGACACUCGAGAUCUUGCAAGUCUGGCCAAACGCCUUGCUCUCUUUGACGAAUGUCGUCAUGAUACAGAACUCAUCGAUCAGAAAUGGCAUAUCAUCACUCAAUUGCCCGAAUUCACCGUUUGCGAGGAAUGCUUCGAUGAAGUCGUCUGGCCAGAGUUGGAAGAAGAGAAGGCCAUACCGAUGAUGUUCAACAAAACCCUGCAGAGAUUACCAAAAGCGAGUUGCCAGCUCUAUUCGGCGAAGAUGCGGGGAGUCUUCAGGUUGGCAUCUGAUAGUGGAGAUUACAAGAUGCUUGCUUCGAAGGCGAGGGAGAGGAAAACGAUGGAGCUUGCGUACAAGGCGAAUAUGGCUGAGUUGAGGAGACGAAAGGGUGAUUGGGAUGCGGUGAGGGAGAUGAAUAGGUUGGAAGAUGAGUGGAGGAGAUACGAAUGAAUGAUAUGUAUGAAGUUGUGAAAAUGGAUGAUAUUUAUGAUGGGAAGACGAGUGUCUUUUAAAAAUGUGUGCUGUGCAGGUCUUGUAGAGUUGUGUUCAUUGUCCCAGAUAAAGACUCCACUUUCCUAAUGUCGAGGUAGGUGUUGGAUGUUCAUCAGUCUGUCCGCACAACAUCAAAUCCAAGGCUGGAGUAUUUUGAAGGCACAGAGUCAGCCGCUAUUCAUCUCAUGUGCUCCGGUCAGAGUAAUUUAAUUCUCUUUGAUGGUUUUACAAGGGCCAGACAAUGUUCUCCGUGUGGAUUUCUGUCAACAGCUG